AUGAACAAUUUCAAGAUACAUUGGAAAGGCUGUCCUUGCCGUCGUCUUCCAUGUGCUCAAGUUGCAUCGAGCCGCCGAACCUCUGCGCAGAGUUGUAGCAUCGCACACGCUGCUGUGGAGAACCCUUCUCAACACCCAUUGGGAGCUGCUCUUGAGAAGGAACGGAACAACUAUCGAUCGAGGCUUCGGAGUCGUCGGGGACGGAGCUGGUGCAGCUCUGCAAAAAUUCGAGCCCGGGAACGCGUUCCUGUGAAGGAUCAGUGUCACGUACAGGUUUUUGAAUGGAAUACAGUACAAGUUGAAGCUGCAAGUGAAGUCACUACAAGUCAUGGGGAGUCUCAACAUCCAUUGGUUGAUGCUAGAACUGGUGCGAUAUUGACAGGAACCACUUGUAACACGGCUGCACGCCCUACACUCAUUAACUCGAAUGACGGCGCUGCCGCUUCCGACUUUAGAAUGACAAAGGCCGUUCAAAUAGAAGCCCUCUAUUCUUUGAUGCAUGUUGCUGAACACUCCGUGUGCUCGACAUCGAGCCUCAUGAUAUCAAAAGGAGCCGAACUUAUGGUUCCAGGCCGCACUGAAGAACGUCCAACAAACCGAUCGCAAACCAACCCACCUGGAAACAUCCCAGAACGGCUCAGCGUUGUCUCUCGAGGUCGGCCGAAAAAGAAACCAGGGAGUUGGAGCAACCCAGCUUUCUGCAAAGCAGUAGACUCAUUCAUAUUGCACCCAAAAGAAAGUCCAGCGUCUGCUACUGAAUCUGUCAAGUCCAUUGUACAGUCUUUUCUUUCAGAGGUACCUUCUCGAACUCCAAGCCAAAGAAGGGCACUCGAGCUUUAUCUCCAAGCUACACAGUCCUUACCAAAACAGCCACUUGCUCCAUCCCUGUCUGCAACGUCCAUCUCAGUGAAGACAGUCGAAGAACCCAUAUUUAACCAGGACGAGUUCCACGCUGCUGAUCUGGCUACUACGUCUACAGACCGACAAAGGAAAUCUCCAUCCUGGACAUCGAAGAAGGCCUUAACAGGAAACCCCGAGAUGGCUGCCAAUGAUAACAAGAGGCUCAACCGUUCAAGUGACAACCACUUUAAGGAUGCUUCUUUCUCAUCAAGGACGACAGUGACGGCAUUCAUCCCAUCGUACGAGGCCACUAAACCUCGGGAAGGGCUUCACAGGCCUUCAUACUCUUCGCUCUCAUCUGAUCAUGAUCUAGUGGCAUUUACUCCACCACACGAAAAGCUGUUUCCUACACCAAGACCUGUGUCUGCAGCUUCUAGGACUCCAACGAAGAAGCCCCCUCCUUGGCUUCGCCAGCCACAAACAUCUUCGGAGUUUUCGCCGUUCCCUAUGACAAGGACGAAUACUCGAGGGCUGGGGCUUGAAUACACUCUCAGGUGUUGCAAAGAGGGCCGCCGAGCAAAGAAGGGAGGAAGUCAAGGCUUGGGAGAGGAUCAGGCAGAAGAGGUUGAGAGAGAUGAGUGGGGAUGGCAGGGCAAGAAAUGA